AUGGUUACUCAAACUACUGCUUGGGUGUUGAAGGAUCAACAAGGUAUCGACAGUCUGCAGCUAGUCGAAAAUCACCCCGUCCCCACUUUAAAAGACGAGGAGGUUCUCGUGAAGUUACAUGCCGUGUCUCUGAACUACCGCGACAUAGUUAUUGCAAAGGGCGAACCCCAACUUCCAUGCUUCACACCCAAUGUGACACCAGCUUCCGACGGAGCCGGCAUCGUCGAAGCAGUCGGCUCCCGAGUCAAUUCAUUCAAGCCCGGAGAUAGAGUCUGCACACAUCUCGUCUCGCAAUUACCUCCAUCUGAUGCGCCGAACUUUCUUGAUAUCAACUCUGGGCUUGGUCAGCAUCUUGAUGGAACACUGCGUCGCCAAGGUACUUUCCACGAAUCGGCUUUGGUUUCUAUGCCCGCUGGAUUGGAUUUCUUACAAGCGAGUACCUUGACUUGCUCCGGGCUUACUGCUUGGAAUGCUCUAUUUGGACUCGAGGCACAGGCUCCUCGGAAAGGAUCGAGUGUUCUCGUGCAGGGAACUGGUGGUGUAUCGAUAGCUGCGCUGCAGUUCGCUCUCGCCGCUGGAUCGACUGUCAUCGCCACGACCAGCACAGACGCCAAGGCUGAGCGAUUGAGAUCUCUCGGUGCUCAUCAUGUCAUUAACUACCGCACCACUCCUGCCUGGGGAGAGGUGGCUAAGAGCCUCACGCAGAAUAGCGUGGGCGUGGAUAUUGUCGUUGAUGUGGGUGGUCUGUCUACUCUAGCACAGUCACUGAAAGCCUUGCGCACAAAUGGUCUCGUCGCGGUGACAGGACUGCUUGGAAAGCCGGAAGAUCAAAUCGCCAUUCCCUCAUUGCUAGAUUGCUUGGUUAAUGUGUGUACAGCAAGAGGGAUUUUGCUAGGAACUCGUGACCAGUUCCACGCAAUGAAUCAGUUCAUCGCCGAAAAGGAAAUCAAGCCUAUCAUCGACGAGAAAAUGUUCAGCUUGUAA